AUGAAACAAAGGCAACUUCAAGAUGGUCCUGGCGAUGAAGAGAUAUCCGGUAAUCUCUCUGCAGCUGCUGUAAAGAUUGUAAGGAGCAGUUUUCACAAGAUACAUACAUAUAAUCUCUACGCGUACGUGGAGCAACCGGAACGGCGUUACCUCUUUGGCGAUAUUAUGGAAAAUAUACUUAGAACAGCGGGCAAGAACCAGACCGUACGCGUGGGUAUGGGCGAACCUGUGCCAGGCGACGAUCUACGUCACUUUAAUGUGUUACUUGUAGACUCAGCAGCGUCAUUGAAUGCCACUUAUGCGGAAUUCGCCAAGUAUCACCUCUACAUUUACGGCUAUUUUGUCAUUGUCUUACAUACCUUCGACUCAGCGCACUAUUAUGAUGUGCUCUUCGAAAUUUUUGAGCUCAAUUGGCUGUUGGGCAUAAUAGACGCGAACGUUUUGGUCUAUGCACUGUCCAAUUUGUCAUUGCUUUACAACAUACAUCCCUUCAAUCAGUUUCACUGCAAGGGCUUGGCACCCACAAUAGGCAAUCGGUUCAGCAACUUACAUUGGCGACACACAAACUUCUAUCCCGAUAAGCUGGCGGACUUGCAUGGCUGCGCCUUGGUGUGUGCCACCUGGGAGGAUAUGCCGUAUCGAGGUUUGAUUAAAGGAAAGCCAAAGGAAUUCGGCACACUCGCUGGUAUUGAAGGAAAGCUGCUGGAAUAUUUGGCAGAGAAGUUGAACUUUACCAUGACGUUUCAGUGGCUGAACGACUACGAAAGCUCGCAUACAUUGGAUAAGAAAGGGGUAGUUUUUAGAGAGCUCAUUGAAAACGGCACGGAUUUUGUAGUCGGCGCCUUUCCUUAUAAAUCGCCCACCAAAGAGGAUAUCUUCACGCCUACCUUUCCUUACUUCUUAAGCAGCUUUAAUUUCAUAGUCAAAUCGAAUCCGGAGCCCUACUCGCCGUUUGAGAAACUCUUCCUACCCUUCAACAAUGAUAUCUGGAUUUUUCUUCUGUGCAUAUAUCUAGGCGUCUUCGCCCUACGAUUGUGUGUAUUUGUGUGCUCCCCAGCAGCGAGUCGCUUCAUAUUUGGCCCCUCCAACUAUAUGCCCGGUGUGAAUAUGUUUGGCACGUGCCUGGGCGUAGGGCUACCGUCCCAUCAGCUGCCCCAACGAAAUUUUGCGCGUUAUAUUCUAAUGCUUUGGCUACUCUUGACAAUGUUGCUGCGCAGCUCUUAUCAGGCCUUCUUAUAUAACUUGAUUAAAUCGAGUAUUGGACGCCCGCCGCCGAAUACAAUCGCGGAAUUGUUACGUCAGGAAUAUCAGCUUUUGAUGACAGCAGAAGUUUUGGACACCAUACAUGAUCUACCGGCAAUUUCUUCGAGCGCGCAGAUUUUGAACAUUUCACGAUUUGAUAGCUUCGAGGUGGUACGCGAAACAAAACAUCGCAUUGCCUUACUGACACCCUACGAAAUUGUUGCUUUCUACAAGCGUUACAAUGCGUCCUUCACCAAGGGUGUUCAUGUGGUUGAGGAAAGGGUAUUCACCCAGCAACUGAGCUUUUAUAUGGCAAGCAACUCAAUGCUUUUAAGUCGCUUCAAUCAUAUAAUUUUGAAGUACAUCAAUGUUGGUCUGUGGGAAAGGUGGAGCAGAGUUCUUUUGGAUAUGAAUUGGCGUGCUAGCGAAGAACUCGAGGAGGCAGUGACAAAAGUUACACUAGAACAGUUAUAUGGAGCCUGCAAAGAAGCUGCCAGUUCCUCGCCGCCUUGA